GAUUUCUUAUGACCUUCAAAACAAAACAUCCUAUUGGUUACAAAUCAUUGAUCUUUCAAGGGCACAACAAUCAAAAUGUUUGUUUAUUAAUCCCUUAUUGGUUACCUAUCAAUUCACCAAUCAUAUGUGGAGAAAGAGAAUUAAACGAAUGUAUAAAUUCAAAUGGACUGAUUAACUAAGCACAGUUUCUAAGACUAAUCCCCUUAUAAUGAAGCAUAAGUCGAUGAUACAUCAUAAUCAUUCAAAUUCUCGAAGGAAACAUCCUAAACGAUGUACUUUAAUUAUAUAUCAUAUUAGUUUAGGAUUAAUAUUUAUUGGAAUUAUUCUUACAAUUAUUGGAUUAACAACACAAAGAUUAUUUCAUAUUUAUAUUUAUGAUCAUCGUAAUCCAGCAAAAUUUCAUCAUUUACAUAUACCAAUUGGUUUAUUUUCAAUGAGUACACAUAUUACAUGGUUAUCAAUGGAAAAAUCAAUUUUAUCUGAAAAUCUUGAAAUAAAUGAUCUUCGUUGGACAUUGGCUAGAAUAAUGAGUUUAAUAGGUUUAUUGACAGCAAUUACAUCUUUCAUAAUUCAUAUAAUUCUAGCAUAUUUUCAAACAAAUCGUAAAUGGUUAAAUGUACUAGCUGAAGUUGUAUUUCUUCUGAUAGCUGUUGCAUGUGUAUUGGUUGGAUUAAGUUUAGCUGAAACAGAAAUUGAAUAUAUUCAUGAUCAUGGUGAUAUGAUUCUAACAAAAGUUCUUCUUUCAAAUGGUUUAAUGGGAACAAAUGAUGAAUAUACAAAUCAAUUCUAUUUAGAUAAAAAUAAUAAUAAUAAUCAAUUAAUGAUUAACAGAGAUAGUACUGGUGGUAAUUUCAAUCUGGAAGAUAAUACUGCUAUCAAUGGUCUUAGUAGUAGUAGUAGUAGUGGUGGUGUUGGUAGUGGUAGUAGUGGCAGUAGUAUUAGUAGUAGUACAGACAAUGAUCGUUUAGGUUUAUCUGGUGAAUUCGCCUUAUUACUUACUCCACCAUUAUCAAGUUUUUUUUUAUUAAUUUCAGCUGAUUUUAUUUAUUUAUUAAGUUUUCUUGCAGUACUUAUUUAUUUUGUACGUUUAUGUGAAAAAGCUGAAGCAGAUAGAAAACAAAUGAAAUGCGCUGAAACAACAAGUUCUGUUUAAAAUAAACUAAUCACUAUGGUCUCAUUUAAGUAUCAUUUCUUUAUUCUCCCUCUCUUUCUAUUUGUGUGUGUGUGUGGGUGGGGGUGGGUGAGAGUGGAGUAAGGUUCGUAUGUCGAUAUUCACAAGUUGAAUAUUCUUAAAGAGAAAUGGAAACUAUACAAAAUCUAUUUGGAUACUAAUUAUCUUGUUUAAUCUUAUUUCAUUUAUUUUCAAUACUAUUUAUUAAGUGUUAUUUAUUCAAGUAGAACUAUCACAUUAUGUAUGAUCUAUUGUCAUUAUUUAUUGUUUGUGACAUUUCACUGAAGGUUACUUCAAUGUGUCUUCUUCAUCUUCUUCUUUUGUGCAUGAGCAUUAAAAUAAUACUUGAUUUAAUGAUAAUGAAAUCAAGUGAUCUAUUUUCAAAGCUUCUUGUGUGUAUGAGAGAGAUAAUCUUCUAUUCGUGCAUUUUUUCUUGUCAAAGAAAAUACAUUUUCAGCAUUGAA